AUGAGAAAAGCCAUCAAGCAACAGAAGACCGCGGUCCAGUCCACCGUGUCACCCACGGCACGUUCAGAGCUUGUCGUGCUUGUGCGACAGCAAGGUCCAGAUGCUCCGGUGGAAUGCCAUGGUUCGUCGCCCGAGAACUCGACCAAAACCGAGAAUGACAGGCCGAAACAACAUCUACUAGGACACUUCAGCCAACUAGUCUUCCAAGACCAUGAGCCAGUCCAACAGACAUCAAACAAUGGCGAGAAGAUAAAAUCACCUGUCCCUACGAUCUUGCCAGCCACCAAUCCUGGACCUAUGGAGGUGGAGUCGCCCCUGAUACAACCAGGCUUUGGCCCAGAGUACACUGGCGGAAAUAUGCCAGUUCCCCCCAGCGAUCAAGCAUCCAUGGAAGCCAACCACUUGAAUUCAACCACCAGUCGAAUGCUGCAAGGCGGGGACUACGGAGACGUCCAGAUGCGUUCUCACUUCAAUGCCGAUUUUGUUUCCCCUUCUACCUACGACUAUUCUGCAUUUGAUGAACCACUCAAUUGGAUUCCACCGAGUAUAUAUCCUUCGCCUUAUGAUGCGGAACUCGAACAGGAUUUCUCUUUCAUUCUACCCUCUCUCUCUGACCCUCCUCAGCUCGGGACAGAUUAUGGAAUGGCUCUCCCUCUCGAUCCUACUGCGCAGUUAUAUCAAAUGCCCCCAAAUCCUGUCCAGGAAAUGUCCGUCACCGGAGCAGCCCCUGCGGCCUUGGUGGCAAUGGAACAAAGUCCCGCCUCCUCUGCAAGCGACGGCAUGAUCUCAGCCAGGCUGACUAACGCCUCAACGACGACCUCGGAUGUCAGACGCAAGAAGCGCAAAGUCUCCUUCACCGCAGAUGUCUUCACUAAGCCGAGAGAGCAAAAAGACGGCUAUGCAUUUCCGGAUCCUCCGAUGCUUUCAUCCCCCGGCGAUAGUCAUCAAUACUGCUCCCCGACCACUCACGAUACACUAUCAAGCAUAUUUCGCACAUUGUGCGGGGCGAAUGCGUUGCGGGAUUCCUUUGAAGGCAACUCAUUUCCAGAUGUUGCCACUUUCAAUGCCUGCAUCGGCCUGUAUUUUGACAACUUCCACCAGAACUACUCAUUCAUCCAUCGGCCAUCCUUUGGGUUUCAGUCACAUUGGCUGGCGAUCCUCGCGGUCGCUGCAAUAGGCAGUACCUUCUCGAAAGGUCAACAUGCCCUUGACCUCCGCGAAGCCUACCAGGAAUUCCUUCGCCGAGCUGUCCAAAUGUAUGCAGAUGGUGCCAAUGACGCCGCCCUGGAUGUCCCACUCGCACAGGCUAGAAUACUAAACCUUAUCGGACUUGUUCAGUCUGACCGCGAUCAAUUGCGGUCCAUGGCGCCACGUUAUCAUGCAGACCUUUCGCGCUGGUGUCUGGAGUCUGGCAUACUUCAGCAUCCGGAAUCCGGCGUUAGGACAGACAUCGCCAUCAUUGAAGACAUUGAUAACCGGUGGCAACCUUGGAAGGACUGGGUUGAAGUGGAAACUUUACGCCGGGUCGGAUACAUGGCAUGGAUGCUGGAUUGUUGCCUUGGAUAUAUGGCUAACGCUCGGCCGCUAUGCAAUCUUGAUGAUGCGCGGACCCCAAUGCCGUGUGCCGAGACCGUCUGGAAUGCGCCUUCGCCCGAAACCUGGGCAAAGGAAGUACAGGACGUGCCCCCAACGCCGUCUCUAUGUGCCGGGCUCGAGACGCUGUACAACAAAAAGAAGGUUGAUCCCACCUACAGUGAGCUAUCACAGACCUUGUUGAUUCACGCUCUUUACCUACGCACGUGGGAAGUGGGAACUCAUAUCAAACAGCCGCUGAGUGAAUGGGUGCCAACAGGCAAGGCUCGGGGUUUCUUGAAUACGCCAUCAAAGGAUAACUUCUGGCUCCCUCUGUAUCCACUAUAUGCGAACUGGCGGAACAGUGCCUGUGACUGCCUUGAUGUACUGCAGUGGCAGGCAUCCAGCGUCGUGGCCAAAGCAUCGGGAGUCGAACACCCAGUCGUGCUUCACCUCCACCUUGCCCGGAUCAUCCUCCUCACACCGUUCCAGGAGAUCCAAGACCUACUCUUUUCGCUAAUUGGCAAAGUCAACAGUUCCACCAGAGCAUCCUUCUACGUGCACGACGGCAGCUACCAGCCCCGCAAUAGUGCCAAGUUGCCGCAAAUCCGCAAGAUCACAUGGCGCUGGCUACGAGAGGACCAACACAAGGCCCGAUUAGCCAUGGUCCACGCUGGCUCCGUGUUCUGGUAUGUUCGGCGAUAUUCAGCGACGAGUUUCUUCGAGCCGGUAGCCGUGUAUCUGGCCGCUCUCGUUCUGUGGACCUACGGCUCGUACAAGUCUGCUGCUUUGGAACGUGACGCUGCUGCUGCUGCCAACCAUCGACCCGAGGGAGGGCCGAGUGGACCUGACGCAGGUGCUGCAAUCCAGCUUUCUCGCAUCGAGAGGAAGCAGGACCCCGUCGAGUUCAUCAACAAGGCUACUGCUCAUGCAGAAGAAAACUCUGAUUUGACCUCUCCAAAAGAUAUGGCCUCUUCAACAUCAAAUGUCGCAAAACAGGUGCCGAACCCUCCUUCCGAUGGCGGUGUCGUAGCCGUCAGCGAACAAAUCCCCUCGACGACUUCUCCGCCGCGCAGCAUCGACUCUGACGGCGAUGAAGGAACCUCUUCGUCCGACGAGCAGCCGGAAUUCAUCCAUCUGGACCGCCCGUGUGAUGAUGAGAUGAUUCAGCAUUUUGUGCGCAAUGGCCAUAACAUGUCGGGACACAUGAGCAACGUAGGCGACAUUUGUAAGACACCACAGAAAGUUCUGAUCGAGGGUGCCAAGUUGUUACGAACUAGACUCGCAUGUUGGGGUGUAAGCCGAGAAUAUCAUGACAUCUUGGUGAAAUUGGCAGAGCUCAGAAAGGCUGGGUAA